AUGGACAACAAUAAUAACAAUAAUACAUCAUCAUCAUCAUCAUCAUCAACGACCUAUGAUGAUGAUGAUGAAUAUAAUAACAACAAUAAUAAUAGUAAUAAUGAUGAUGACGACUUAUUAAAACCUCCAAGUGAUGGUGAAGGGUCUGUUCCUCCACAAGGACCCGUUUCAUUCCUUGUUGAUGUAGUAUCUGACUUUUUGGGUGUUGGUCCUCUACACAAUGAUAAUCAUGGUGUUGGACUUGACUCUACCGUCAACGAUCAUUCAUCUAAUAUUAUCACUUCACCAGGAGAAGCAUUGGAUAGUGUUAUCAACAAUGAAUCGACAAAAGAGAUACAGUUGCCUUGGGGACCGGUUAGUGUCAAAAGAGUCAAUGAAGUCAUCUUUCUUUUGGGUGGUGCUUCUAUCAUCUCUUUUGCACUACGUACUCUCUUUUUUGGAAAGACUGUUCGUGCCAUUGAAAUUCCAGAUGGUAAUCUUACAACUAUCAUCCUUCGUUCAAAUACUAUUAAAUCUUUAAAGAAAUCUAUAUUACAAAAUAGUGAUCCAUUAUUUCCAGGUGUAUCAUUGACAGCUGAUGAUAUAAAGACAAGUGCAUUUGUUGAUCCAAUAUUUACGGAACCUAUUCUGACUAAUAAUCAUGUCAGACAAAUACAAGAUGGUGCCUAUAUCGUUUGGACUAAAGCAGAUUAUGAGAUACCUCGUACAUCUGUUGCAUUGAAGAGUUUGAUCAAGGACCGUCCUGUUUUCGAUAGACUACGUCUACAAUCAGAGAUGGACAAGAUCAUUAAACUCAUUAGUUUGUUGGGUCCGUCUCUAACUGACAAACAAAUUGAACUUCACCAUUUUCGUAGAGUCACUGCACCUUCCCUGUGGCACAGAAUCAAAAGAUGGUGGAAUAAUCGUAGUAAUGUCCACACGCAACAGUAUCAUCCAGACAUGCCAAUCAACUAUCAAGAGAUUGUCAUGAAUGACCAUACCAACCCUCUCACACUCAGAGAGCGUGAUGAACUCAUCCAUUUAAUGUUGAUUGGUAAAGGUGACCCUAUUUUUGAUCUCUACCGAAAACAUCAAUACAAUAUUAUCGAGUUUAAGAAACAACUUAAAUCUUGGAUUCAUCAAUACAACACCAACAACAAACAACAAUAG